GUUUUGUUACACGGGAUAAAACAAGCAGGCGGUAUUGGAACGAGUCAACCUAAUUUUUUCACGGGGUAAACUUCUCGUGAGAAAUGACACAGAUCAAUCGCACCGAAUCCAAAGGUUGGAACUACGUAAAUUGUUUCCUUGUCUUCUGCUGUGGUCUACGACCUGCCAAUCAAGUCUAUUAGGACCGUCUUGUUAAUGCAGCAGAGCAGCUGAGAAUAGCUUCACAAGUGACCGCAGGUUGGCUGCGUUUGCAGCCAGGAAGGCCGAGGGGAAGAUGCCAUCUUCAUCUUUUACCCUUGAUGCUCAGCUGAGAUAUCAUGACAAAUGGCUGAAGAUAGACAUACAGCGGGCGUUCUCUCCAGAGGGCCUGAGUGAGAUGUGGAAUGAAAUGGUUAAAGAUGAGGAGAUAACAUUCAACGGAGAAGAAUCGGCUCACACAGAAGAUUGCAUCAAUUGUUUUGGAACCCAAAAGAAGGAUGAGCCCAACGAUAAAGAGAAGAAGGAGGAGGAGGAGACGCCAACAUCCGCUCAUCACUCCAUUAUUGAGACCUGGGACUGGGGACGCCAGCCAGAUGAAACGGAGUUAAAAGACUGUUUGAUGGUCCUUGUUGAGGACCAGCAGAAGCUCUCGGGUCAGAUGGCAAAAAGCACCCUGUCUGCUCUGCGCCUUCGCCAGCGUCUGGUCAUCCUGGAACGCUAUCUCAUCUCGCUCAGCCACAACAUGAUGGAGGAGAAGUACAAAGUCCGCUGGAAGACACCCCCCAACCAACCUCUGCCUGCAGCUGACAAUAAGAGCCCUCGUCCAGCCAGUAAAAGUGUGGAAGGUUUGGCCCGAGUCGGCUCCAGGGCAGCGCUCUCAUUUGCUUUUGCUUUCCUGCGUCGAGCCUGGAGGUCAGGAGAUGAUGCAGAUCUUUGCAGUGAACUUCUGCAGGAAUCUCUGGAUGCUCUGAGGGCUUUACCUGAGGCUACACUGUUUGAUGAGGGAACCGUGUCAUCCGUGUGGCUGGAAGUUGUGGAAAGGGCAACAAAGUUCCUAAGUGAUGUACAUGGAAAUAGCAGCACCAAAGGCAACAUUCCUCUUCAGGACCAGCACUUAGCCCUGGCCAUCCUGCUGGAGUUGGCUGUGCAGAGGGGCACUCUCAGCCAGCUGUUAUCAGCUGUUCUGCUACUUUUGCGCCUGUGGGAUAACGGUGCCAGAGAGAUGGACAACGAGCGAUCCACCCAGGGGACCAGUGCUCCUCUUCUGCCCCUCCUGCAGCGUUUUCACAACAUUCACAGCAGCAAGGAGGAGGCGGUGUCUGAAGAGGAUGCUGAGAUUCCUACAGCACCUCUCAGCCCAAACGAGAGCUUCCUGCGCUACCUGACGUUGCCUCAGGAUAAUGACCUGGCCAUUGACCUACAACAAACAGCUGUAGUGAUCAUGGCUCACCUGGACCGCUUGGCUUCUCCUUACAGCCCCCCCCACUGCAACUCCCCCUCCUCACACAAGGGGACCUUACAGGAAGUGAUGGCCUGGGGUCUCAUAGGUUGGAAACUGUAUGCCAACGUUAACGGACCCAUCCAGUGUAAAGCCCUGUCGAGCCUGGGGGUCGCACAAAUUGUCUGUUCGGAAAAAGGUUUUCUGAUCCUGUCCAACAGCGGUGCUGUUUACACUCAGAACUACAAGAGCACGACGCUGGCUCCUAUGCUGAUCCACUGUCUGAGCUCCAGAAAGGUUGUGAGGAUCGCCGCUCACCCUGAUGGGCAACACUACUUGGCCCUGUCGUCAAACGGGGAGGUGUUCUCAUGGGGCUGCGGUGAUGGUGGCCGGCUCGGACAUGGAGACACCACUUACCUUGAAGAACCGACAAUGAUUGGAUCCUUCAGUGGGAAACAGAAUGGAAAGCAUGUGGUGCACAUAGCUUGUGGGAGCACAUACAGCGCUGUGGUCACAGCUGAUGGCGAGCUGUACACAUGGGGCAGAGGGAACUACGGUCGACUGGGUCAUGGCUCUAGUGAGGACCAGACCACACCCAUGCUGGUGACGGCUCUGAAAGGACAUAAGGUGGUGGAUGUUGCCUGUGGAAGUGGAGAUGCCCAAACGCUUGCUGUGACUGAAAAUGGCCAGGUUUGGUCCUGGGGAGAUGGAGAUUAUGGCAAACUGGGCCGAGGAGGCAGCGAUGGAUGCAAGACACCCAAGCUGGUGGAGAAGUUGCAGGACCUGGAUAUAGUGAAGGUCUGCUGUGGCAGUCAGUUUUCAGUAGCCCUCACUAAAGAUGGCCAAGUGUACACUUGGGGUAAAGGAGACAAUCAGCGUCUUGGUCACGGCUCAGACGAACAUGUCCGCUAUCCAAAGUUGCUAGACAGUCUGCAAGGAAAGAAAGUGGUGGAUGUUGCUGUUGGUUCCACGCAUUGCCUAGCCCUCACAGACGAUGGAGAAGUUCACAGCUGGGGCAGCAACGAUAAACUACAACACUUCGAUACUCUUUUUUCCAACAAGAAACAACCCAAGGCACUCCCAGGGCUCAACUCCAAGCACAUAGUGGGGAUCUCCUGUGGUCCAGGACAAAGCUUUGCUUGGUCCUCAUGCUCAGAGUGGUCUGUUGGACAGCGCGUGCCCUUUGUGGUGGAUGUUUGCUCCAUGACCUUUGAGCAGCUGGACCUGCUCCUACGGCAGGUUAGCGAGGGCAUGGAUGGCAGCUCUGAUUGGCCUCCCCCUCAGGAGAAGGAGUGUAUGGUAGUCGCCACACUGAACCUGCUCAGGCUCCAGCUCCAUGCAGCCAUCAGUAACCAGGUUGAUCCAGAGGAGCUGGGUCUGGGACUUGGCAGUGUGCUGCUAAACAACCUCAAGCAGACAGUGGUAGUGCUGGCUAGCAAUGCUGGUGUGCUCAACACCGUGCAAGCUGCUGCUCAAGCUGUUCUGCAGAGUGGCUGGUCAGUGCUGCUGCCCACCGCCGAGGAAAGAGCCAGGGCGCUGUCCUCACUGCUGCCUAAUGCUGCUACAGGAAAUGAGAUGAGCGUGAGCCCGGGACGCCGCUUCAUGAUCGACCUGCUGGUGAGCAGCUUAAUGGCUGAUGGAGGGUUAGAAUCUGCCCUCAAUGCAGCCAUCACUGCUGAGAUUCAGGAUAUUGAAGCCAAGGAAGCAGCACAGAAAGAGAAGGAGAUUGAUGAGCAGGAAGCUAAUGCAUCCACCCUGCACCGCUGUCGCACCAUGCUGGACAAAGAUCUCAUCAACACAGGCAUUUACGAGUCCACAGGGAAGCAAAGCCUGCCCUUAGUGCAGCUUGUGCAACAGCUUUUAAGAAACAUCGCGUCUCAGACCAUCGCUAGGCUGAAGGAUGUUGCUCACCGCAUCUCAAACUAUUUAGAGCCGGAGCACGUCAGCAAGGAGCGUUCUGCUUCUCUGGAUCUGCUCUUGCGCUUCCAAAGGCUGCUGGUCAGCAAGUUGUACCUGGGUGUCAACAGCACAGAGGACGUCAGCGGGUAUGAUCCUGAGCUUCUGGGUGUUGGCUCCUUGUUAAAAAAGUACAUAGCCCUGCUGUGUACUCACAUUGGAGAUAUUCUCCCCGUGGCAACAAGCAUCGCCUCCACUGGACGCAGACAUUUUGCUGAAGUUUCUCGCGUUAUUGAAGGAUUUCUCACUGGAGUACUUCUGCCUGAACUGGUGGUGUCCAUCGUUCUCCUUCUCACCAUCGAUGCUGAUCUGAUGCAAGAGACCGGCUCCAUCCCUCUGCUGGCCGGACUCCUGGAGCACUUGGAUCGUUUCAACCAUUUGGCCCCGGGACAUGAGCGGGAUGAUCAUGAAGAUUUGGCCUGGCCAGGCAUUAUGGGGUCUUUCUUCACAGGGCAAAGCUCCAAAAACAACGAAGAAGUUUCACUCAUCCGAAAAGCUGACCUGGAGAAUCAUAACAAAGAUGGCGGCUUUUGGACCAUCAUCGAUGGGAAGGUGUAUGACAUCAAAGACUUCCAGGCUCAGUCCCAGUCUCUGUCGGGGAAUACCAUCUUGGCUCAGUUUGCAGGAGAGGACCCUGUGGUUGCUUUAGAAGCCGCUCUGCAGUUUGAAGACACGAGGGAAUCUAUGCAGGCUUUCUGUGUUGGCCAGUACAUGGAGCCUAACCAGGAGACGGUCACCACUCCAGAUCUCAGCAGUCUGUCCUCUCCACUUAUCGACACCGAGAGGAACUUGGGGCUGCUUCUGGGCCUUCAUGCCUCCUACCUUGCCAAGAGCACUCCACUCUCCCCCAUGGAGACUGAAUGUGCCAAAUGGCUCCAGUCCUCCAUAUUCUCUGGUGGCCUUCAGACCAGUCAGAUCCACUACAACUAUAAUGAAGAGAAAGAUGAAGACCAUUGCAGCUCCCUGGGCACAUCUGCUCCUGAUAAGGCCAAACUUUACUCCCGCAGGAUCACCCUCAGUGACCAUGCACAGCCUUUCCUGCAGGCUAUUGCUGACAACAACACUCAGGACCACACUGUGAAGGACUUCCUGUGCCAAAUAGAGCGUUGCUGUAAGCAGUACCACCUCAUUACACCCAUCACCUUUCCACCAGAACACCCGGUGGAGGAAGUCGGUCGCCUGCUGCUGUGCUGUCUCCUGAAACAUCAAGAUCUCGGUCACAUAGCACUUUCACUUGCCAGUCAGUGUGCCUUGGGUGUGGACCAAGGGAAGCAGAGGUCCCUCCCUAAAUCUGUGAUAGACGUUUGUCGCAUGGUCUACCAGGCUAAAUGUUCCUUAAUCAAGACCCAUCAGGAGCAGGGCCGCUCCUAUAAAGAAGUGUGUGCCCCUGUUGUCGAGCGCCUGCGCUUUCUGUUUAAUGAGCUGCGUCCAGCAGUGAGCAACGACCUCUCAAUCGUGUCCAAACUCAAACUUCUGAGUUCUCAGCCGCGCUGGAGGAGGAUCACUCAGAAACUCAUCCGGGACCGAAGGAAAAAACGAGCGCCCAAGAAGUCAGAGUCUGCUGAGAUUGAAGAGCCAAAGCUGGAGAAUGAGGGGACCAAUGAAGAAGAGCAUAAUGUUCACAUCAGCCCUGCUCCUUCUGAUAGGAAAUCACCCACUGCCAAGACGUCUAAGCAGGACAAGUGGCAGCCACUUUUAAACACCGUGGCAAAAGUCCAGAGGUACCGGUGGCGUAAACACAGCGUUCAAGGCGUCGUCUCCCAGUCCAGCCUCAUGGGCACCAUUGUGGAGUUCGCACUGAAAGAGGAACCACUUGAUGUGGAAAAAAUGAGGAAGUGUCUUCUGAAGCAGCUUGAAAGAGCAGAAGUGAGGCUCGAGGGGAUCAACACCAUGCUAAAGCUGGCCUCCAAAAGCUUCCUGCUGCCAUCUGUGCAGUAUUCAAUGCUCUGUGGCUGGCAAAGGGUCAUACCUGAAGGGACCAACAUUGGAGAGCCCUUGUCUGACUGCCUGAAAGAUGUUGACCUGAUCCCUCCCUUUAAUCGAAUGCUUCUGGAAGUGACAUUUGGAAAGUUGUACUCUUGGGCCAUCCAGAAUGUUCGCAGCAUCCUGCUCGAGGCCGGUGCUCGGUUUAAAGAGCUGGGUGUUCAGCCCGUCCCCUUGCAGACAAUCACCAAUGAGAACCCAGCAGGACCAAGCCUCGGCACCAUUCCACAGGCCCGCUUCCUUCUGUCCAUGAUACACAUGCUGUCUCUGAAGCACGGGUCUAACAGCAUCAGUCUUUUACUAAAUUCUGGCCUGCUGGCCCUCACUCAGAGCAUACUCAAGCUCAUAGGACCCAGCACAGACAGCAGUGAAGAAGACCUGAGUUCAUGUACACACGGAGGCUCGGCCACAGUACUGGAAGAAUCCAGGAAGGAGGCGGCGCCCACUCCCUUACCUGCCUCUGGCCCAGAACUGGCUGCCAUGAUGAAGAUUGGCACCAGAGUCAUGAGGGGAGUUGACUGGAAAUGGGGAGAUCAGGAUGGUCCAGCGCCAGGCCUGGGCCGGGUCAUUGGAGAGCUAGGUGAGGAUGGAUGGAUCAGAGUUCAGUGGGACACGAGCAGUACCAACUCAUACAGGAUGGGCAAAGAGGGCAAAUAUGACCUGAAACUUGCAGACCCGCCUCCGGCUGCCCAGCCCACCACCGAGGAAUCGGACACUGAAGAUGACAUCGAAGGAGAGCUGAUUGAGAAAAGCAGCCAUCCAACAGCGAUGAUGCUAACUAGCACAGUCAAUCUGUUGAAGACUCUCUCUUUAUCCGCUGGGAUCUACUCUGAGCUUCUGCAGACGGAUGCUUUACGGACGUUGUGUGGGCUACUGAGGGUGCUUGUGGACAGUGGCGUUAACGACAAGUCAAGCUGUCUCUCCCACAGGUUGGUGUCUCGGGAGCAGCACAGGAACUGGUGCACUCUGGGCUUCAUUCGCAGCAUUGCGCUCAUGCCACAGAUAUGCAGCACUCUCAGCACCUCUGCUUGGAUCAGUCUGCUUCUCAGAAUUGUAGAGGGACACCAGUCCUUCAACGCCAUUACCCUGCAGAGACAAAUCCUAGCUCUACGUCUCCUGCAGGCAGUCCUUCCUUCAUGGGACAAGACGGAGCGCUCUCAGGACAUGAAGUUUCUGGUGGAGAAGUUAUUUAACUUCUUAGGAAGCCUGUUAAGCACCUGCUCGUCAGAUCUGCCGCUUCUUCGAGAGGGCUCCAUGCGGAGAAAGAAGUCCCGUCCACAGGCCUCCCUGACCGCUACCCACAGCAGCACGCUGGCGGAGGAGAUUGUGGCUGUCCUUCGUACUCUGCACUCCCUCGUCCAGUGGAACAGCCUGAUAAAUGAUUACAUCAACACUCAGCUCAGCUCCGUUGGAGAUAUUAUGGCAGGGUGCCAGUCUGAAGCGAGCAUGUUGGAAGAGCAUUUUCCUGAUUCUGAGGGUCCCAGAGUCUGCAGCCUCAUGGCCGUGCUGGCAGUGAUCGGAGGGAUCGAUGGGCGCCUAAGGCUGGGGGGGCAGGUCAUUCAUGAGGAAUAUGGAGAGGGGACGGUCACCCGCAUCACUCCAAAGGGACGCAUCACCGUUCAGUUCCAUGAGAUGAGAAUCUGCAGGGUUUGCUUACUCGGCCAUCUCAAACCGCUGCCUGGUGUCUUCUUCAGUGUGCAGAACCUUCCCCUCAGUGGGCCCAUGCUGGCCGUUUGGGCCCAGUUGGUCAGUCUGGCUGGGAGCAAACUUGAGAAACAGCGCAUGAAGAAGUCUCUCAGCCGAGGACUCACAGCCGACCAGGUGGACCUUCAUUUAUUGCGAUGCCAGCAGCUGAGGCUUUACAUUUUGAAGGCAGGCCGUGCGCUGCUGUCUCAUCAGGACAAACUCCGGCAGAUCCUCUCCCAGCCGGCCGUUGUUGACACUGGAGCCAACAUUAGUGACGAUCCAGUGGCAUCAUCUCCUGAUGUUGGUGACUUGUCUCCUGAAGGUCCACUGCCUCCACUGAUCCUCCUGCAGCAGCUGCUCUCUGCUGCCACUCAACCAUCUCCCGUCAAAGCUGUUUUUGACAGGCAGGAGUUGGAGGCAGCUGCUCUGGCAGUGUGUCAGUACCUGGCUGUGGAAUCUGCCCACCCGUCCUCUCCUUUGUUUGAGGAGAGUAGCUCCAGUGAGGCCACCACCCCUGUCACUGUACAACAUGUGAAACCACCCAAGCAGAAGAAACAGAAGACUUCCCCCGUACCUCCCUUACCCAUAGUCCUCCAGCUCAUGGAAAUGGGCUUCCCAAGGAAAAACAUAGAGUUUGCCUUGAAGUCGCUGUCUGGGACCACAGGCAGCGCCUCUGGCGUCCCAGGUGUUGAAGCUCUGGUGAGCUGGCUGCUCGACCAUCCAGACAUUCACUUCACGGAGCUAUCGGAUGCUGACACCGUGUCCGAUGAAUACUCUGAUGAGGAGGUGCUGGAGGAAGUAGAAGAAGCAGAGCCAACAUUUAUUGUGCCGCAAGGAGCUGUGGUGACGGAGAGUCAGACAUUUAAGAGGAGAUCCGAUUUCCAAAGCAACGAUGAUUACGCCGUGUAUGUGAGAGAGAACAUUCAGGUGGGGAUGAUGGUGAAGUGCUGCAGAACGUAUGAGGAAGUGUAUGACGGAGAUGUUGGGAAAGUGAUUAAGCUGGACAGAGAUGGACUCCACGACUUGAACGUGCAGUGUGACUGGCAGCAGAAGGGAGGAACUUAUUGGGUUCGCUACAUCCACAUUGAGCUAAUUGGAUUCCCACCACAAAGUUCUCCUUGUCAUAUAAAAAUCGGUGACAAAGUGAGGGUAAAGCCUGCCGUCACAACACCAAAAUACAAGUGGGGCUCCGUCACUCACAGGAGUGUUGGGGUAGUGAAAGCUUUCAGCGCCAAUGGAAAGGAUGUGAUUGUAGACUUCCCACAGCAGUCUCACUGGACUGGGUUGCUGUCUGAGAUGGAACUGGUACCAAGCGUUCAUCCUGGAGUCAGGUGUGAUGGCUGUCAGAUGUUCCCUAUCAACGGCCCUCGAUUCAAGUGCAGAAACUGUGAUGACUUUGACUUUUGUGAAAAUUGCUUCAAGACGCGAAAACACAACACCAGACAUUCCUUUGGCCGGAUUAACGAGCCCGGCCAGUCUCCAGCCUUUUGUGGCCGUUCAGGCAAACAGCUGAAGAAGCAUCAUAACAACCAGCGUGGAAUGCUGAUCGACGACUGGUCUCGUGCUGUGAAGAGCCUCAGUGUCUCGUCCUCCGUUAACCAGGCGUCACGCCUCAUUGACUGCAGCGAUCAGUGCUGGCAGUCCUCAGGCUCGCAGGGAAAGCACUGGAUUCGUCUCGAGCUUUUCCCAGAUGUUCUCGUACAUCGGCUGAAGAUGGUCGUCGACCCGGCGGACAGCAGCUACAUGCCCUCCCUUGUUGUCAUUUCAGGCGGAAGCUCUCUGAACAACUUGAUUGAGCUGAAGACGAUUAACAUCAAUCCCACAGACACAACUGUCCCUCUCCUUGCCGACUGUACUGAGUUUCACCGAUACAUCGAGAUUGCCAUCAAGCAGUGUCGCAGCUCCGGAAUAGACUGUAAAAUUCACGGACUUCGUAUUGUGGGACGCAUCAGAGCAGAGGAUGAAGACUUGGCAACCGUCCCCUUUCUGGCAUCUGACAACGAAGAAGAGGACGAGGAGAAAUCUACAGCUGGGAGUCUUGCUCGGAAGAAGCCUCCAGGGUUGGACUCAGCAGCCGCCAUCAGGACCAAAGUGUUCGUGUGGGGUCUGAACGACAAAGACCAGCUGGGAGGACUUAAAGGGUCUAAGAUCAAAGUUCCUUCUUUCUCUGAAACACUCUCUGCACUCAAUGUGGUGCAGGUGGCGGGUGGUUCCAAAAGUCUGUUUGCAGUGACGGUGGAAGGGAAGAUUUAUGCUUGUGGAGAGGCUACAAAUGGCAGGUUAGGUCUGGGCCUCUCUAGUGGGACCAUCCCAAUCCCUCGUCAGAUCACUGCACUAAGUAACUACGUGGUGAAGAAAGUGGCUGUGCAUUCUGGUGGACGCCACGCCAUGGCCCUGACCGUGGAUGGGAAGGUGUUCUCCUGGGGCGAAGGAGAUGAUGGCAAACUGGGGCACUUUAGUAGAAUGAACUGCGAUAAGCCGCGGCUGAUCGAGGCUCUGAAGAGCAAACGUAUCCGGGACGUUGCCUGUGGGAGCUCUCACAGUGCUGCCAUCACCUCCAGCGGGGAGCUCUACAGCUGGGGUUUAGGUGAAUAUGGUCGCCUCGGGCAUGGGGACAACACGACGCAGCUCAGACCCAAACUGGUUAAAGUGCUUCUGGGCCACAGAGUUAUUCAGAUAGCUUGUGGAAGCCGGGACGCCCAAACUCUAGCUCUCACUGAUGAAGGGCUGGUGUUCUCCUGGGGUGAUGGGGAUUUUGGAAAGCUUGGCCGUGGAGGAAGCGAGGGCUGCAACAUACCUCAGAACAUCGACAGGCUCACUGGACAGGGUGUCUGUCAAAUUGAGUGUGGAGCACAGUUUUCCCUAGCUCUGACGAAAUCUGGAGUUGUUUGGACUUGGGGCAAAGGGGACUAUUUCCGACUGGGCCACGGUACUGAUGUCCAUGUGCGGAAACCCCAGAUGGUGGAAGGUCUGAGAGGGAAAAAGAUAGUCCAUGUUGCUGUUGGAGCCCUGCACUGUCUGGCGGUCACAGACGCAGGACAGGUGUAUGCAUGGGGUGACAAUGACCAUGGGCAGCAGGGUAAUGGCACCACCACAGUGAACAGGAAACCCACCCUGGUUCAGGGUAUUGAAGGGCAGAAGAUCACUAGAGUGGCAUGUGGAUCCUCCCACAGCGUAGCCUGGACUACCGUUGAUGUGACCACCCCCUCGGUUCAUGAGCCUGUUCUUUUUCAGACAGCCAGAGACUCUCUCGGAGCCUCAUACUUAGGCGUCCAGUCUGACAGUGACUCAGCAGCAGCAAGCAACAAGAUGAGUGGACAGAGUAGUGUGAAGCCCAGUCGGCCCUCACUGGCAAAGAUUCUCCUCAGUCUGGAUGGAAACCUUGCCAAACAGCAGGCUCUGUCUCAUGUACUGUCAGCCCUCCAAAUUAUGUAUGCAAGGGAUGCAGUGGUUGGUGCUCUGAUGCCAGCCAGUAUGAUUCUGCCAGCUGAGUGUCCCUCCAGCUCACCUGUUCCCCCGUUGGACUCCUCAUCUUCAUCAUGUGUCAGCGAUGAGGAGUGUCCUCCCGUCCCUCCUGAAAUUGAAGAAUGGGUCAGCCCUAAUCCCUGGCAAGACAAGAAGGGAGAGGCUCCCUCAUCAGAAGAAGCCAUCACACCAUCAUCAGCUGUGACUCCUUCUGCUUGUGGAGCCUCCUCACGUCCUUUCAUCCCCGUCACUGAUGACCCGGGAGCAGCCAGCAUCAUAGCGGAGACCAUGACGAAGACAAAAGAGGACUCGGAGAACCAGAGUAAAGCGGUUGGUCCUGAGCCUCAGUACCUGGAUGAGUUCACCAGCCUGCUUGUGCCUGAUGAUACUCGAGUAAUGGUGGAUCUGCUGAAGCUAGCGGUGUCUUGUCGCUCCGGGGAGAAAGGCAAGGAGGUCCUGUCUGCUGUUCUGUCUGGCAUGGGAACAGCUUACCCACAGGUCGCUGACAUGCUGUUGGAGCUGUGUGUCACUGAAUUGGAGGAUGUUGCCACUGACUCGCAGAGUGGACGAUUGUCCUCCCAGCCAGUUGUUGUAGAGAGCAGUCAUCCUUACACUGACGAUACAUCAACCAGCGGCACUGUGAAGAUCCCAGGUGCCGAGGGUCUGAGGAUAGAGUUUGAUCGACAGUGUUCAACCGAGAGACGCCAUGAUCCCCUAACGAUCAUGGAUGGAGCCAACAGAAUAGUCUCCGUCAGAUCAGGUCGAGAGUGGUCCGACUGGUCCAGUGAGUUAAGGAUCCCAGGAGAUGAGCUCAAAUGGAAGUUUACGAGCGAUGGUUCGGUUAAUGGUUGGGGCUGGCGCUUCACUGUCUACCCCAUCAUGCCGGCAGCAGGUCCCAAAGACUUGCUGUCUGACCGCUGUAUCCUGUCCUGCCCUUCCAUGGACCUGGUCACAUGUCUCCUAGACUUCAGGCUCAACUUUGCAUCCAACAGGAGCAUUGUGCCACGCCUGGCUGCUUCUCUUGCUGCAUGUGCCCAGCUAAGUGCUCUAGCUGCUGGACACAGGAUGUGGGCUCUGCAGAGGCUCCGCAAGCUUCUGACCACAGAGUAUGGUCAGUCCAUCAAUAUCAACCGGCUGCUGGGAGACACCGAAGGCGAGGCUCGCUCUAUUAGUUUCACAGGCAGCGCUCUGGCUGCUCUUGUAAAGGGGCUUCCCGAGGCUCUACAGAGGCAGUAUGAGUACGAGGAUCCUAUCGUCAGGGGGGGCAAGCAGCUGCUUCACAGUCCAUUCUUCAAGGUCUUGGUUGCCCUAGCGUGUGACCUCGAACUUGACACGUUACCUUGCUGUGCUGAGACCCAUAAGUGGGCCUGGUUCCGUCGAUACUGCACUGCAUCCAGAGUGGCUGUGGCCCUUGAUAAGAGAACCUCUCUGCCUCGAGCCUUCCUGGAUGAGGUUACAAAGAAAAUCCGAGAGCUCAUGGCAGACCACGAGAGCAUGAACGGGCUCCACGAGAGUCACGACUUGUUCAAGCGUGAACACGACGAGCAACUUGUUCAGUGGAUGAAUCGGCGCCCAGACGACUGGACCCUCUCUGCUGGAGGGAGCGGUACCAUCUAUGGCUGGGGCCAUAAUCACAGAGGGCAGCUGGGGGGCAUUGAGGGGGCAAAGGUCAAAGUACCCACCCCAACUGAAGCUCUCGCCACACUGCGGCCUGUACAGCUCAUCGGUGGAGAACAGACUCUGUUUGCUGUCACAGCUGAUGGAAAGCUUUAUGCCACUGGAUACGGAGCAGGGGGCAGAUUGGGAAUUGGUGGCACCGAGUCUGUGUCCACUCCAACUUUACUGGAGUCCAUUCAACAUGUCUUCAUCAGGAAGGUGGCUGUGAACUCAGGAGGGAAGCACUGCCUGGCCCUCUCCUCCGAGGGAGAAGUUUACUCCUGGGGAGAGGCGGAGGAUGGAAAACUGGGCCAUGGGAACAGAAGCCCCUGUGACCGUCCUCGUGUGAUCGAGUCCCUGAGGGGAGUAGAAGUGGUGGAUAUUGCAGCCGGAGGUGCACACAGUGCCUGUAUCACAGCCAGUGGGGAACUGUUCACCUGGGGCAAAGGUCGUUAUGGAAGACUCGGCCAUGGAGACAGCGAGGACCAGCUCAAACCUAAGCUGGUGGAUGCACUGCAGGGUCACAGGGUCAUCGAUGUUGCCUGUGGAAGUGGGGAUGCCCAGACGCUGUGUUUAACUGAUGAUGACAUGGUCUGGUCGUGGGGAGACGGGGACUAUGGGAAAUUAGGGCGAGGAGGAAGUGAUGGCUGCAAAGUUCCAAUGAAGAUUGACUGCCUUACUGGCCUGGGAGUGGUGAAAGUGGAGUGUGGCUCUCAGUUCUCUGUGGCUCUGAGUAAAUCUGGGGCCGUCUACACGUGGGGGAAAGGGGAUUACCACCGGCUGGGUCACGGCUCUGAUGACCACGUACGACGACCCAGACAGGUUCAAGGGCUGCAGGUGAAGAAAGUCAUCGCCAUUGCCACGGGGUCCCUGCACUGUGUUUGCUGCACUGAAGAUGGAGAAGUGUACACAUGGGGCGACAACGACGAGGGCCAGCUUGGAGACGGGACCACUAAUGCCAUCCAGAGGCCACGACUGGUCGCCGCGCUGCAGGGCAAGAAGAUCAACAGGGUGGCCUGCGGCUCUGCCCACACCCUCUCCUGGUCCACCAGCAAGCCCACUAAUGCUGGGAAGCUGCCCACACAGGUUCCCAUGGAGUACAAUCACCUCCAGGAGAUCCUCAUCAUGGCCCUGAGGAACCGGCUACUGCUGCUGCAUCACUUCUCUGAGCUUUUCUGUCCCUGCAUUCCCAUGUUUGACCUGGAGGGUCGGCUGGGUCAGACGGGCCACGGCCCCUCUGUGGGCUUUGACACUCUAAGGGGAAUUCUUAUCUCCCAGGGCAAGGAAGCAGCUUUCAGGAAGGUGGUUCAAGCUACAAUGGUGAGAGACCGACAGCAUGGACCUGUAGUGGAGCUGAAUAGGAUUCAGGUGAAGCGUUCCCGUAGCAAGGGAGGUCUGGCAGGUCCAGACGGGACCAAGUCUGUUUUUGGUCAGAUGUGUGCCAAAAUGAGUUCUUUCAGCCCAGACAGCCUGCUGCUCCCUCAUCGAGUUUGGAAGGUCAAAUUUGUGGGUGAGUCUGUGGACGACUGUGGAGGAGGUUACAGCGAGUCCAUCGCUGAAAUGUGUGAGGAGCUGCAGAACUCUCUGACGCCGUUGCUCAUCGUCACUCCGAACGGCCGCGACGAGUCCGGAGCCAACAGGGAUUGCUUCCUGUUGAACCCUGCAGCCAAGUCCUCUCUUCAUAUGAGCAUGUUUCGAUUCUUAGGAGUUCUCCUGGGAAUCGCAAUCCGGACUGGAAGCCCUCUCAGCCUGAGUCUGGCAGAGCCUGUAUGGAAGCAGCUGGCAGGCAUGAACCUGACCAUCGCUGACCUCAGUGAGGUUGAUAAGGAUUUCAUUCCUGGGCUGAUGUACAUCCGGGACAAUGAGGCUACUGCUGAGGAGUUUGAGGCCAUGACCCUGCCCUUCACUGUGCCCAAUGCCAGCGGUCAGGACAUCCAGCUCAGCUCCAAAUACUCCCACAUCACCCUGGAGAACCGUGCAGAAUACGUCCGCCUGGCGAUUAAUUACAGACUCCAUGAGUUUGAUGAGCAGGUGUCUGCUGUGCGUGAAGGGAUGGCUCGAGUGGUUCCCGUUCCCCUGCUGUCACUGUUCACUGGUUACGAGCUGGAAACUAUGGUGUGUGGAAGUCCAGACAUCCCGCUCCACCUGCUCAAGUCAGUGGCCACUUAUAAAGGCGUGGAGCCGACGGCACCCCUCAUUCAGUGGUUCUGGGAGGUGAUGGAGUCCUUCUCCAACACAGAAAGGUCACUUUUCUUGAGGUUUGUCUGGGGUCGUACGCGGCUGCCGCGCACCAUCGCUGAUUUCCGAGGCCGGGAUUUUGUUGUGCAGGUGCUGGAUAAAUAUAACCCCCCUGACCACUUCCUGCCAGAGUCCUACACCUGUUUCUUCCUGCUCAAGCUGCCCAGGUACUCGUGCAAACAGGUGCUGGAGGAGAAGCUGAAAUACGCCAUCCACUUCUGCAAGUCCAUCGACACGGACGACUACGCUCGCAUCGCCCUGUCUGGUGAGCCGGCGGCAGACGACAGCAGUGAAGACUCUGAUAACGAGGAUGCGGACUCCUUUGCCUCAGACUCCACACAAGACUACCUAACGGGACACUGAAGUCUUGUACGAAUGGUGGAAGAGGAGACUCUGUGUUGAUCUCACCUGAUGCACAAGUUCAUUCUGACGUUCGGCCCACACACGAACAUCUGAGGGAGGAUGUGCAGACUUCAGAAAGAAUUAUAAGCUAAUGAAGUAAGAAACACCACUAAUCUCUCAUUUAGUUUCUUCAAAUGGAGCAACGGCAGUCAGCUGCACUUGAUUGUUGUGUUACAGGAGUUACUUGUUAUAUUGCAGUUACAGCCUAGCACUGUGGCAGAUCUCUCUCCCUGGUUUGUGUCAAUCACCUGUCUCUAGACUGUAUAUAGUAAUUAAUGUGUGAUGACAGUAGAAUUAAUUUUUUAGUAAUAACCAGGUUUCUUUAUACAAAAGGAGAAAACCUUUUUAACUUAAAGUCGGUGUUUCUGAAACGGCCUCCUUCAUUCAGAGCCCGAUGAAGGGUCAUUUUAAAUUUGUGCGCCCCCUUCUUCCCCUCCAACAUGUUUGUGCAACUGUUUACUUCAAGAAUGUAUAUGAUUGUGCCAUGUAUCCACACGAGAUCCCAUUCCUGCAUAUUAAAUGUUAAUACGUUUCUGUUAAUAAAUGCAACAAAGCAGAA